AAUUGGAUGAAUGACAUUUUCAUGUGUACUUCAUUCAGUUUUUUUCCUUUCUUUCUCUUUUUCCUUUAAUAUUUCAGAUGACGUUGUGCCAUAUUUUAAAACAGAGCCGGGCCUUCCGCAGAUUCACCUGGAAGGGAACCGUCUCGUUCUCACUUGCCUUGCUGAAGGGAGCUGGCCCUUGGAAUUCAAGUGGAUGCACAACGACAGUGAGCUCACCACCUACACCAGCGAAUAUAAGUAUGUUAUUCCAUCUUUACAGAGGCUGGAUGCUGGGUUUUACCGCUGUGUGGUUCGAAACAGAAUGGGCGCCCUCUUGCAGAGAAGAUCAGAAGUUCAAGUCGCAUAUAUGGGAAAUUUCAUGGAUACAGAUCAGAGAGAAAUGGUCUCUCAAGGACAUGCAGCUGUACUCAACUUACUGCCCAUCGCCAGCUGCCCCAGACCUCAAGUGACUUGGUUCAGAGAAGGGCACAAGAUUAUUCCAAGCAACAGAAUAGCCAUCACGCUGGAGAACCAGCUGGUGAUCCUGGCAGCGACGGCCAGCGACGCAGGGGCUUACUACGUGCAGGCCGUCAACGAGAGGAACGGGGAGAACAAGACCAGCCCGCUCAUUCACCUGAGCAUAGCAGGAGUGGGAGGGCCUGCGGGCCCCGUGGCCCCCGUCAUCGUGAUCCCCCCAAGCAACAGAAGCGUGGUGGCCGGGUCCAGUGAGACCACCUUGGAAUGCAUAGCCAAUGCCAGGCCCAUCGAGGAGCUGAGUGUGACCUGGAAGAGAAACGGGGUGAGAGUCACCCGUGGGCUCCACAGCUUCGGGAGACGCCUCACCAUCAGCACCCCGACCUCCUCGGACAUCGGGGAGUACGCCUGCGAGGCAGCGCUGCCAGGGAGUGCCUUCGAGCCCGCCAGAGCCAGAGCCUUCCUUUCUAUCAUAGAGCCGCCGUACUUUACUGCGGAACCUGAGAGUCGGAUUUUAGUGGAAGUGGAAGAAACCGUGGACAUCGUGUGUGCAGCCGUGGGGGCCCCUCUUCCCACCCUCCGGUGGUUCAAGGACGCGGUCUCCAUCAACAAGCUCCAGAGCCCUCGAUACCACGUGCUGUCAAGUGGAGGCCUGCGCGUCCAGAAGCUGCGUCCGGAGGACUCAGGAAUCUUCCAGUGCUUCGCCAGUAACGAGGGCGGGGAGGUCCAGACCUACACCUACCUGGACGUCACCAAUGUCGCCCCAGCCUUCACCCAGCUUCCGGCGGACACCACGGUUACUGACGGGACGACAGCCGUCCUGAGCUGUGAGGUGUCCGGGGCUCCCAGGCCGGCCAUCGCGUGGAGGAGAGGAAACCACAUUCUGGCCAGUGGCUCUGUGAGGAUUCCCAGGUUCACGCUCCUUGAGUCUGGGGGUCUGCAGAUCACCCCUGUCCUAAUCCAGGAUGCCGGCAACUACACGUGCUGUGCAGCCAACUCCGAGGGCUCCCUGAACGCGUCUGCCACGCUCACCGUGUGGAAUCGAACGUCCAUCGUGAACCCUCCGGAGGACCGCGUGGUGAUUAAGGGGACCACGGCCACGCUGCACUGUGGGACCACCCACGACCCCCGCACUUCUCUCCGCUACGUGUGGAAGAAGGACAACGUGAUCAUCACCCCAUCUGGCAGCUCCAGGAUUGUGGUGGAGAAGGACGGGUCCCUCCUCAUUAGCCAGACGUGGUCGGGCGACAUUGGAGACUACACCUGUGGAGUCAUCUCUGAGGGCGGGAACGACUCCAGGACAGCCCGCCUGGAGGUGAUUGAACUGCCUCAUUCACCCCAGAACCUCCUGGCCAGCCUGAAUUCUUCCCACAGCCAUACCGUGAUGCUCUCCUGGGUCCGACCCUUUGAUGGAAACAGCCCUGUUCUCUACUACGUCGUGGAGCUGUCUGAAAACAACUCUCCGUGGAAAGUGCAUCUGUCACACGUUGGCCCCGAGAUGACAGGCGUCACCGUGCGUGGCCUGACCCCGGCUCGUACCUAUCAAUUCAGGGUGUGUGCCGUGAACCAAGUGGGCAAGGGCCAGUACAGCGCAGAGACGAGCAGGUUGAUGCUCCCUGAAGAGCCACCCAGCGCUCCCCCGAAAAAUAUAGUGGCCAGUGGGCGCACCAAUCAGUCCAUCAUGGUCCAGUGGCAGCCGCCCCCGGAAACAGAGCACAACGGGGUGCUGCGUGGGUACAUCCUCAGGUACCGCCUGGCUGGCCUGCCCGGAGAGUACCAGCAGAGGAACAUCAGCAGCCCCGAGGUCAGCUACUGCCUGGUGACGGAGCUCAUCGUCUGGACGCAGUAUGAGAUACAGGUGGCCGCCUACAAUGGGGCUGGCCUGGGCGUCUUCAGCAGGGCGGUGACCGAGUACACCUUACAAGGAGUGCCGACCUCGCCCCCGCAGAACGUGCAGGUGGAAGCCGUGAACUCCACAACCAUCCAGUUCCUGUGGAACCCUCCACCCCAGCAGUUCAUCAACGGCAUCAACCAGGGCUACAAGCUUCUGGCGUGGCCAGCCGAUGUCCCUGAGGCCGUCACUGUCGUCACCAUUGCUCCAGAUUUCCAUGGAGUCCACCAUGGGUACAUAACGAACUUGAAGAAGUUUACUGCUUACUUCACAUCAGUUCUGUGUUUCACCACUCCGGGGGACGGGCCUCCAAGCCCGCCUCAGCUCAUACGGACACAUGAAGACAAACCCGGAGCUGUGGGACACCUGAGUUUCACGGAGAUCCUGGACACGUCUCUGAAGGUCAGCUGGCAGGAGCCCCUGGAGAAAAACGGCAUCGUUACAGGCUACCAGAUCUCCUGGGAGGUGUACGGCAAGAGCGACUCGCGGAUGGAGCGCACUCUCAACAGCUCGACGCACGAGUAUAAGAUCCAAGGGCUGUCCUCUCUCACCACCUACACCAUCGACGUGGCGGCCCUCACCGCCGUGGGCGCUGGCCUGGCCACCUCGUCCACUAUCUCUUCCGGGGUGCCCCCAGAGCUCCCUGGUGCCCCAUCCAAUCUGGUCAUUUCCAACAUCAGCCCUCGCUCAGCCACCCUGCAGUUCCGACCCGGCUACGACGGGAAGACGUCCAUCUCCAGGUGGAUCGUGGAGGGACAGGUUGGAGCCGUCGGCGACGAGGAAGAGUGGGUUACCCUCUACGAGGAGGAGAAUGAACCUGACGCCCAGACGCUGCAGAUCCCGAACCUCACGCCCUACACGCAUUACAGGUUCCGAAUGAGGCAGGUGAACGUCGUCGGUGCCAGCCCCUUCAGUCAGUCCUCCCGGGUCAUCCAGACCCUGCAGGCCCCCCCGGACGUGGCCCCCACCAGCAUCACCGUCCGAACCGCAAGCGAGACCAGCCUGCGGCUCCGCUGGGUGCCGCUGCCCGACUCGCAGUACAAUGGGAACCCCGAGUCCGUGGGCUACAGAGUUACGUGCUGGCGUCCCGACCUCCCGUCCACUGCGCUGGCCCAAGUCAUCAGCGACCGGCUGGAGAGGGAGCUCACAGUCGAGGGGCUGGAGGAGUGGACAGAGUACGAGCUGCAGAUGCAGGCCUUCAACGCCAUCGGGGCCGGGCCCUGGAGCGAGUCCGUGCGGGGCCGGACACGGGAGUCAGUUCCUUCAGCCGCCCCUGAAAACGUGUCAGCCGAGGCCGUCAGCUCCACCCAGAUUUUACUGACGUGGGCUUCGGUGCCCGAGCAGGACCAGAAUGGGCUCAUACUGGGCUACAAGAUCCUGUACCGCGCCAGAGAUCUGGAUCCUGAGCCCAGGAGCCACGUGGUCCGCGGGAACCACACGCAGUCCGCGCUCCUGGCGGGUCUGGGCAAGUUCGUGCUGUACGAGCUCCAGGUGCUGGCCUUCACCCGCAUCGGGAACGGGGUCCCCAGCUCGCCCCCCAUCCUGGAGCGGACCAAAGACGACGCCCCAGGCCCACCCGUGAGGCUUGUGUUCCCAGAGGUGAGACUCACGUCUGUGCGGAUCGUGUGGCAGCCACCGGAGGAGCCCAACGGCGUUAUUCUGGGGUACCAGAUCGCCUACCGCCUGGCCAGCAGCAGCCCUAACACGUUCACCACCGUGGAGGUCGGCGCCACCGUGAGGCAGUUCACGGCCACUGAGCUGGCCCCGGAGUCCGCGUACGUCUUCCGGCUGUCGGCCAAGACCCGGCAGGGCUGGGGGGAGCCGCUGGAGGCCACCGUCAUCACCACCGAGAAGAGAGAGCGGCCGGCGCCCCCCAGGGAACUCCUGGUGCCCCAAGCAGAAGUGACCGCGCGCAGCCUGUGGCUCCAGUGGGUCCCGGGCAGCGAUGGGGCCUCCCCCAUCCGGUACUUCACGGUGCAGCUGCGCGAGCUGCCCCGGGGACAGUGGCAGACCUACUCCUCGUCCAUCAGCCACGAGGCCACAGCCUGUGCCGUUGAAAGGCUGAGGCCCUUCACCUCCUACAAGCUGCGCCUGAAGGCCACCAAUGACAUUGGGGACAGUGACUUCAGCGCGGAGACAGAGGCGGUAACCACGCUGCAGGACGUUCCGGGAGAGCCUCCGAGCUCUGUCUCUGUGACGCCGCACACCACCUCGUCUGUUCUGAUCCAGUGGCAGCCCCCGAGGGACGAGAGCCUGAACGGCCUCCUGCAGGGUUACAGGAUCUACUACCGGGAGCUAGAGUACGAGGCGGCCUCGGCCACUGAGUCCAAGACGCUCAAGACCCCCUCCGCUCUGCGGGCCGAGCUCACAGCCCAGAGCAGCUUCCAGAGCGUGAACAGCAGCUCCGCGUUAACGACAUACGAGCUAAUACAUCUGAAGAAAUACCGGCGCUAUGAAGUGGUCAUGACAGCCUACAACGUCAUCGGCGAGAGCCCGGCCAGCGCGCCCGUGGAGGUCUUCGUCGGCGAGGCCGCCCCGGCCAUGGCUCCGCAGCACGUGCAGGUGAACCCACUCACGGCCAGCCAGCUGGAGGUCACGUGGGAGCCGCCGCCGCCCGAGAGCCAGAACGGAAACAUCCAGGGCUACAAGAUCUACUACUGGGAGGCGGACAGCCGGAACGAGACGGAGAAGAUGAGGGUGCUGUUCCUGCCCGAGACCACGGCGAAGCUGAAGAACCUCACCAGCCACACCCAGUACCUGGUCAGCAUCUCGGCCUUCAACGCCGCUGGAGACGGGCCCAGGAGUGACCCCCGGCAGGGCCGGACCCACCAGGCCGCUCCCGGGACCCCCAGCUUCCUGGCAUUCUCGGAAGUAACCUCCACCACGCUGAACGUUUCGUGGGGGGAGCCCACAGCAGCCAAUGGCGUCCUGCAGGGCUACCGAGUGGUGUACGAGCCCUUAGCACCCGUCCAAGGGGUGAGCAAGGUGGUGACGGUGGACGUGAAGGGGAACUGGCAGCGCUGGCUGAAGGUGCGCGACCUCACCAAGGGGGUGACCUACUUCUUCCGAGUGCAAGCGCGGACCAUCGCCUACGGGCCCGAGCUGCGGGCCAGCGUCACGGCCGGGCCGGCCGAGGGUUCCCCGGGCUCCCCUCGAGACGUCUCGGUCACCAGAUCCGCCUCUGAGCUCACCCUGCAGUGGACGGAGGGCCGCGCGGGCAGGACGCCCACCACGGGCUACGUCAUCGAGGCCAGGCCCUCAGAUGAAGGCCUGUGGGACAUGUUUGUGAAGGACAUUCCGCGGGGCGCCACGUCCUACACCGCCAGCCUGGACAAGCUCAGGCAAGGAGUGACCUACGAGUUCCGGGUGGUGGCCGUGAACCAGGUGGGCUACGGGGAGCCCAGCAGCCCCCCUGCUGCCGUGUCAGCUCAGGUGGAGGCCCCGUUCUACGAGCAGUGGUGGUUCCUCCUGGUGAUGGCGCUGUCCAGCCUGCUCGGCAUCCUGCUGGUGGCGUUCACCCUGGUCCUGCACGGCCAGAACAAGAAGUACGGGAGCUGCGGCCCAGGUGGGACGGCGACAGUGAGUGGGGCACGUCUCAGGCAUUCGGAGUCCGUGACCCUGGACAACGGGGGAUUUGCCACCUUGGAGCUCAGCAGCCGCCACCUCAACGUGAAGAACACCUUCUCGAAGAAGAACGGGACCAGGUCCCCGCCUCGGCCCAGCCCUGGCGGACUACACUACUCAGAUGAGGACAUCUGCAACAAGUACAACGGUGCCGCGCUGACCGAGGGCGGGACCCUCCAGGAGAAGUCAGGGGACGCCACGGAGUCUGAGGGCACCGAGUCCGAGUCCGAGGACGCGCUCCCCCAGCACUCCUUCGUCAACCACUACCUGAGCGACCCCACCUACUACAACUCGUGGAAGCGGCGCGCGGGCGCGGCCCCGCACAGGUACGAGGCGGUGGCGGGGGCCGAGGCCGGGCCGGCCCCGCGCGCGGUGGUCACCACGCAGAGCGCCGUGUUCGCGCCCGCCGCCCACGGCGCCCGGACUCCGCUCACCGGCUUCUCGUCCUUCGUGUGAGCGGCACCGACCCCGCGGCGACCCUUGUUAAGACAGUCAGCUCCGGGAACUGGGCUCCAGCUUGGGUUUAAGAGGAUCUGACGCCUGAUGAUUGAUUUUACCCACUUGCGAACGCGAGAUUGCAAUUAGGAAAGUUUUUUUUUACUGGCUUUUUGUAACAUCGCUGCAGGAAGCGGGUUUCUUUUGUUUUUCUUUUCUUUUUACGAGAAGGUGUGUUUCACUGGUGCAAGGGCUCGUCACCCCGACCUGGGAAGACCUGAGCCCUCGGGACCCGGGCUUCUCCAUUCUGCGCCGACUAGGAAGGCUGGGGGGUGGGAGACGGGGGUCCAGGGAGGCCGCGCCUCUUGCAGGCCGCUCCCUUCUCUUCUCUAACCCCUGCCUGAGAACCAGCGGCCCGCCUGGGGCUCCAUCCCACCGUCUCCGUCUCCGGCGUGCGAAGAGCAUGUGUGUGACCCAGGCUCAGGGCCUCCGGACCCAAGGGCGUCCACCUCUGAAAUGUUCUCACUCGGCAGUUUGUAGGCGAGGAAUCGGCUUUAAGGUUCCAGGCUGCGGGGCCACAGAUUCCAAGGUUCCGUUCGGCGUCCUUCCAGGGGUGAAAUAUUCGGGGCUCCCCCUUCCUUUCUUCCUUUCGACCUCGCAGCACAGGAGCAGGAAGCACCCCUGCUGGGAGCCACCGCCGUGGCCCUCGGCAAGCUCGCUCCUUCCCUGACAGCACAGCACACGGCCAGCCCGCCAACCCGAGCGAGCGAGGCAGCGGCUGCAGAAUCGCUCGCUGUGUUACGAGGUGUGCAUUGUUAACCAGAGUAUUUUUAAAAUCUUUUUAUCUUUUUUUAAAAUAUGUCAUAUGAAAUGAAUGAGUCUCAGCUGUCUCCAGGUGCCUUUUUAUUAAUUGUUUAGCUUUGUACAUGGGAAAGACGAAGAGCGACAGUGUCUCCAAGUAUAGCAAAACGGCUCUGAGAAGACGGGGUCCCCAGCCCCUCCCCCCGCCCCCCGUGCCUGCCAGGCCCUGCCGUGCGCGUGGCCCGCGGCUUUCCUUGGAGCGCGCGCGGCCUGGGGCCUCCGGGUUCCCGCCGAUGCCAUGACUGGUGUGGCUGUCCCUUUCCCGACCCCAGGCCAGCUCUUAGCCUUAAUGGAUUUUCUGGAAACCGUUUUUUACUUUAAUUGUUACUGUUUUGUUUUCGUUUCUUAGUUAAAUGGAAAUAGCGUGAACUAUUUUGAAACUCCAAACCGUAGCUCUGCCUCUAGCCCAUCACAUCAUUUUUUGCAAAAGGUGUGUGAGGUACACGUGGUCAAGCCGUGGUCCCAGGGCCAGAUGUACCGGGAGCGCUGCUGCUGUCAGCGGGGGGUGUGCCCCACCCCUCCGGGGGGGGCACUGCAGAAGGACCCUGCCGCCGGCAGCCCGGUCAGCCGGAGCCUGUCCACACCCCCCAGGGCACAGGACGGGCCUGCAGGUCCCCAAGGGGGGAAGGGCUGGGCCAGCCACCCACGCCACGGGGAGCCAGUCUCGUGGCCACCCGCGGGUCACGUGGUCUGCGGGGUCCCUUCUUCCCACGCCUCCUCCGGGCAGAGGGCUGUCUUAACCCUCUGAUUUCAGAGUUGCUGGGUGCGGUAUCCCCAGGAGACCAAGGAGAGUUUGUGUUGCUGAAAAAAGGCCUCUUCUGUUUGAGAGUUUGUGUUGGGUAAAAAAAACCCUUUCAGUUUCUCUAAAAGUAGAAGUAGGAGGUGUGGAAAGGUUCCUUUCUCUCUCUCCUCCUCCUUCCUUCUCUCUUUUCUUCUUCCCUUCCUUCCUUCCUACCUCCCUCCCUCCCUCCGUUCCUUCCUUCCUUUUCUGUGUAGAGGGGACACGUUCUAAACCAAAAAUCCUAGACGCUCUGCCCAAAGGCUCUCCUGCAUGAGAAUCGCUCCCUGGACGGGACCCACCCAGGGCACAGGACCAGCCACCUCGGUCCUCUCGGUCCCAGACGGGGAAGUGGACAGGAAGCCCCAAGGCUGCAGCUCGAAUUUCUCGGAAGACAAGCGACGGACAGAGAACGUGGAGAAACGCUGCCUUCCGCGCUCUGCUCUCUAAGCCAUACGUCCACUGCUUCAUAUACGGGAAAGUGCUGAAACGUCCUGGCGUGGGGACGGCUUGGUUUGAGGCGUGUUUUUGGCUUUGGGGCUUUUGUGACAACAUGACGCCUUUUUCCCCAGGGUCAUUAUACUUCUUGUGUUCUCUCUGCUCUGAGCGAACUUCUUUGGGACGGAACAGGCAGUCCGAGGCGGCGGUGGGCAUUGGCGUCCGCACUCCGCCCAGUGGCACCGGCACUGUGGGCCGUGGGAGCUACUGGACCAGAGGAAGAGUGGGGUGUCUCUGGUUAGGUUUCAGCCUCCAGGUAGUGUGGGCGUUGAGAAGCGUCGAUUCCUAACCUCUCAUCUUUAGGGAGGAAAAAAGAAAAUCACAGGAUAGGAAAAUGGAUACUGGAUUUUAAUCUCGGCUCUGAAAAAAAGGACGAGCACCAUUUCUCUAACCGAGGCAAGGAGGAGUGUUCUAUCCUGGCGCCUUCCAAGCCAUGGUGCCCUUCAGGUGUCUCGCGCUCAGCUGUCGCUGAGUCCCCCGACGAAGGCCCCGUGAUGGGCAGGCGAGCUGCCCCUUCCGCGUGAGGACCUGCAGCGAAGCAGCCGCAGGGCCGCGCUCUCUGUCUGAGCGGCAGGGAUGGGUUUGCGCGGGGCUCCCGUCCCCACUGGGGACUCCGGGCACAGGUUUCCAGACCAGUGAGCGGCCGGGCGGGGCUGUGGGCCGUCCCUGUGGUUAGCGGGCCGCGGGGCACAUCUCCUGGACUGCAUCUCCUCCUCUGAAUAAAUGGGUCCAAACCAAGGCCUCCCCUCCUUGGCCAUGCUUUCAAGGAGCGCUCGGUAAAUGUCGUCGCGGAAGAGACGUGAUGUGGGGCAGCUUCGGGGGAGACCGCGGAGGGUGGCGCGCGCUCCGUAAACCCCUUGUGGCGCUGUGCCUGCCCUGGACCGCGACGGGACUGAAGCAUGGUGUUUGUAUAAUGUUUCUAAGGGUUUGUAGCAUGGUUUUCCGUUUUUACGAAUUCCUGGCACACUGUAGUCCUGGUGCCAGUGAGCGAUCGUAUCCACGUAUCCAGAUGCGGCCCUUUGAUUCAGCAUCCCUGUAGCGGGGACCCUCUGAAAGGUGGGAGCAGGUAGAAAUCCAGGAACUGCGCUGGUCUGCUGUGCGUGCCUCACCUACUGGACUAUCGGGGGCUUAGGUCAGUCCUGAAGUCUUCCCGGCAAUUUCUGGAAUUGUGCAGAAACCAGACCUCCUUAAAAAAAAAAAAAAAAUUGUAGGAAGACAGGGAGGUGCUAUGGGUACGGUUUUUAAUAAAAGCAUCAUUUUGUUCCUUAUGCGCCUGUGAUUUUCUUCAGCAAGUGUGGAUGAAGUGACUCAUGAAUUCUAGGGCUGUAGGAUCGAACAUUGAAACAUCAGCCCAGUGCCGCGCUGGCCCCUCCUGGAGAGGCAGGUGUGGACGCACAGCGGAGGUGAGGUCAGAGGGGUUCAGUUUUAGAUCUC